AUGGCAGCCUCAAUAGCUCCCGAGUGUAAUGAUAUCAAAGAAAAAUACGACACCUGCUUUUUAAAGUGGUACAGCGAGAAAUACCUGCGCGGCAACACCACCUCGAACGAAUGUGAAGACCUUUUCGCAAAGUACAAGUCCUGUCUGACUAAAACACUCAAAGAACGAGGGAUCGACACCAUGCUUGAGGAAGCGCGAAAGUCCACACCCGAGACAGACGCUGAGUAUAAUCGGCGGACAUGA